UGACUCUCCGCUUCAAUUUUUCUCUCGCCGACAGCGGAUGGCAAAAGCGGCGUAUGAUUUGGUACCAGACCACAAAUGGGGCAAUGGGGACGGGGUGACUAACACUGCACCUUUUCCUCUUCAAGACUUUUGAACCACUCCGCCUUGUUGGCUGACAACAGUCUAGUUCUAGUGGUCUAACGAUGUACGAUAGGUACCCUAAACCACAUGGAACAAGCUGGGUCUCACUUUGGGACCGGGUCAAUCACCGAGUCGUUAUUAGCAAUAGUAUUGCUCGUUCUCUCAUACUAUUUGUGCAAUGUGCGUUCCAGAUGGAGUUUAACAUCGAACUAUUUGAGUCCGACAUGUUUCAUCGUCCCCAGUCGGCCGAUGACCGGAGGCCUUUACUGCCUCAGGCCAUAUAAACAGACCACUUUCGUCCGCGGCAAACCGACAGUUUCCGGGCAGUUUGUCGAUCCCCAAAGUGACAUGACGACAAAUCCCAUGGCGAGGUCCAAAGAUAACGGGUACAUAUUAGGUUAAGCUUAUGGUUUUUCUUUGUCGCGAGUUAGCAAAUGAGAGUAACCCUAAUUUUAGAACGAUAUCCAGAAGUAUGAGGUACAUGAAUG